UUCACUUUAUUUUUUCUCACCACCGAAACCUCAAUGCUCUCUAAAUCCCCAAAUCCCUUUCACUUACACUUUCUUCUCUCUGGUCGAGACCAUCGCGGGUUCUUCGUCGAUGAAGAUCUAAUCCUCGUCGCGGGGGAUCUCAUCGACGAGGCGCACAAGUAGACCAAACCCUCGCGUCCUCGAUACUGAAAUCCAGGCUCGGCGGCGACAAAGAUCUCCAGGAAAAAAACUAUUGACUUGAGAGUUCUAUUCUCACAGUUAGGUUGAACAGAGAAAAGUCUGCAUUAGAGGCUUCCUGAUGCACCACCAAACUUAAAGGUGCAAGCAACACAAAUCAAUAAACUUCCCUGACCAAGAUGCAGUUCUUUCUUCUUCAGUUGUUAGGAAUAAUUGCAGCAACAUCUUGGGUUGUUCUUGGUCAAUCUUCAUCUGAAAAUGCAACUUUCACCACAAGAAAAGAGAAAUUGAAUCAGAGCCUGACCUUUGGUGCAGGAGAUACAAUGACCCCGAACAGCUCACUUAUCAAUGACCAGACCUUGAUAUCAGCAGGAAGCAUAUUCCAGCUUGGCUUUUUCAGUCCUGAUAAAGAUUCAGGGAAUAGAUAUUUAGGAAUUUGGUACUACAAUCGCCCAUCUACAGGACAAAAUAUAGUAGUAUGGGUUGCCAAUAGGAACAGGUCUCUGAAUAGUGUCUCCUCUUCACUGAACCUAACCUCUGACGGAAAUCUAAUCCUAUUCGACGGAGAAACACUUGUUUGGUCGACGGGAACAUCCACAGAAUCUAAUCCUGCACGCUUGCAACUAUUAGACACAGGUAAUCUUAUGCUGACCACCGAAAACUUCAGCAGGACUCUAUGGCAGAGCUUUGACCACCCAAGUGAUACACUUCUCCCUGGCAUGAAGCUUGGAUUUGACCUCCGAAGAAACACUUCGUGGCAUCUCGUGUCAUGGAGGAGCGACGUAGACCCUUCUCUGGGAAACUACAUAAUAGAGACCCAUGGGGUUACAGAGCUUAUAGCAAAGAACGGAACCACCAAAAUCCAUCGAAGCGGACCAUGGAGCGGACGUGGAUUCGUUGGCCUUCCUCAGAUGAAGAACAGCACCUUGGCAAGGAAAGUAAACUUCACAUUCGUAUCCAACGAAAAUGAGACCUAUUACACGACUGGAUACAUCGAUCGGUCGGUGUUAUCGCGGUCAGUGGUUAACACUGAUGGAAACUACGAGCGGUGGAGUUGGGACAACGGAGAAUGGAGAUUCGUUUGGCAAUUUCCGGCGGAUGACUGCGAUCAUUACAAUCUCUGUGGGAGCGGCAGCGUUUGCUCUUGGGGCUACUAUGCUUUCUCCUGCAGCUGCCUCCAAGGCUUUGCUCAGGCUAGUAACGGAUGCGUGAGGGAGAAGCCCCUGAAUUGCUCCUCAAACCAGAUUUGGAAGGCGCAGAACGUAAAGGUGCCGGACACCGAGAAUGCCACGGCGUACGGCAUGAUCAGUCUGGAUGCAUGCAAGCGCUUGUGUUUGGGUAAUUGCUCCUGCGUGGCGUACGCUGUGCUGGACGAGCCAAAUGGGUGUGUGACUUGGCAGGGUGACCUAAUGGAUCUGAGAUAUUAUACCGAUGGAGCAAAUGAUCUGUACAUUCGGCUUGCAGAAUCAUCAACAUCAAAGAGUAACAAGCACGUGUGGGCGAUAACAAUACCAGUGAUGCUUGGAUUUCUGCUACUUUGUUGUAUACUUGUAGUCACGUUGAGGAGAAACAGAGCCCUGAAACAAGGAACUCGGAAUCAUAUCGAGUCCUCGGCCAAGGAAACUAGCAGGUUGAAAUUGCAGUAUCCAAAUGCGGAGAACGGUGACUUGCAGAGCCUCCCUGGACAUUCUAAUUCUAUGGCUGAUGAUGAUGUAUCAGAGCUGAUGUCAAACAAGAUAGACUCUGAGCAUUCCGGUUUCUGUGAGUAUAGAGAAGUAGUUUCGAUCCUGACAUUAGGGGUGCUACCUUCUUAUGAUUUAUGUACAAUAAAAGCUGCAACAAAUGACUUCUCGAAUGAAAACAAACUUGGGGAAGGUGGAUUUGGUAUUGUCUACAAGGGAGAGUUGCAAGAUGGACAAAAGAUUGCGGUUAAGAAAGUAUCAAAAUACUCUUCACAAGGGCCAAAUGAGUUCCAGAACGAGCUGUCACUAAUAGCCAAGCUACAACAUAGAAAUCUUGUUCGUCUUCUAGGUUCAUGCAUUGAGGGAGAUGAACGACUCAUCGUCUUGGAGUAUAUGGAAAACAAGAGCUUAGAUAACUUCAUCUUUGACAAAACAAAGAGCUCAUUGCUAAAUUGGCAAAAGCGUCUUGAGAUUAUAAAUGGGAUUGCUCGAGGGUUACUUUAUCUGCAUCAAGAUUCUAUAUUGAGAGUCAUUCAUAGAGAUCUUAAGUUGAGCAAUAUCCUCCUCGACAAGGAUAUGAUUCCAAAGAUUUCAGAUUUUGGCAUCGCAAGGAUAUUUGAAGGCGAUGGAGUUUUAGAAAAUGUAACUACAAGACCAGUUGGGACAUUUGGUUACAUGGCGCCGGAAUACUUAACUGAAGGAGUAUUUUCAUUUAAAACUGAUGUAUUUAGCUUUGGUGUGAUAGUAUUAGAAAUCUUAAGCGGUAAGAGGAACAAAAUAUUCAGUAACACAGAUGCUAGUUUAAACCUUUUAGGACAUGCAUAUAAACUUUGGAAGGAAGGCAGAUCUUUAGAAAUUCUUGAUGAUACACUUGAUCAUUCAUAUCCUACUGCAGAAAUCCUUCGUUGCAUCCGACUAGGUCUUUUGUGCGUACAAGAUAAUUGUGAAGACAGACCAACAUUGAUAGAGGUGGUAAUGAUGUUGGCCAGUGAGGAUCAACUUUUGACGCCACUCAAGCAACCUACAAUAACGUCAGCGAGUAGUGAAGGUGGUUUUACUACUAAAGAAAUAAGUCACUCAAUUACAGGACGAUAAGUUCCAAAUCUUUCAUCAUCUACGCUUACAAAAAUAGACUUACUUCAUGUAUCAUUUUCUCAGAGAGUUGCCACUCUUCUCUAACUAAGUCACUAUAUAAAAUUUGUCAUAUUGAUCAAACUUAUAUGCAUUCCCUUGCACAAGCACCCCAAAUUUAUUUCUUACUCAAAGCCAAAAACAAUUGAUUUUUGUCCUGUUCCUUUGGAACCAUAUUUGUAAACGUACUGUUAGUAUUAGCCCUAGUACCAAUUAUGAGAUGAUUAUAAAGAGCUCAUUUUGUAACAUAUUCACUAUUAAUAAAAGGCAAAGUUGGUUAUUAUAUUUA